AUGAAGUCCGUCCGUCAGAGCUCAUUUGAACAGCUGCCUCUGCGCCCAAUCGGCUUCACGCCAGGACAAACAAACCACUCCACCUCAAAUAACCGUGACACCGACCGCUGCUGGAGAGACGCAGCCGGAGAGCCCACUGCCGGAGAGACCGCUACUGGAGAGACGCAGCCGGAGAGCCCACUGCUGGAGAGACCGCUACUGGAGAGCUCGCAGCCGGAGAGCUCGCAGCCGGAGAGCUCGCAGCCGGAGCGCUUUGUGGGACUUUAA